GCAGAGUGUGUGUGAAUGGCUCAUCUGAUCUGGGAAAGUGUCCACAAACUAGGAUACUACGGUCUACAGAACAGCUUGGGCAUUCCUUAGGAUUCCAUCUCCCAGUGGUGUUCAGAGUACAGCUCAGAGCAGAAUCCAGACUAGGUUGUUCAGAGAUUCUUAGCUGUGCAGUCAGACUGGCCUGAUGGCAUGCUGCAUCCAACUUCAGCUCAGAGUCUGGAGGCACUAAAGACCUUGCCUGGGAGCAGCUUUCCGUUCAAUGCACACAGAGGGACUUUCGCAUCAUUACCGUCUUCAGUAACUCCUUCCAUUUGGCAUCUUCGGCUCGCUUCUUGAAUCCAUCAGAUCAUCCAGUCCUGCACAAACUCAGCUGGUGCAUAGCGUAAUGUCCAUGCUGUACUACACUCUGAUUAUAGCUUUUUUGCUCGGCAUACAGGCAGCACCAAAGUCAGAGGACAAUGCUCCAUGGGGGUUUCCUGCAGGACCCACCAUUCCAAAUAUCCUUCGGACUCAAGCAAAUCACAUUCCCAAGGCAGCUCAACACACGGCCGCUUAUCACCUUGCUGGGAAGGUAGACAGCAGAGAAGCUGGACAGGCAGCAAACAUCACUGUGGAUCCAAAGCUUUUCAGAAAGAGACGAUUCCGGUCCCCUCGGGUUCUGUUCAGUACGCAGCCCCCUCCAGUGUUGGGGGAUGGGCAGAACAUGGAGUAUCUGGACAGUACAGAUUCUCUUAAUAGGACUAUUCGAACCAAGCGGACUGCUCAUCCUGUGCUGCACCGGGGAGAAUUCUCAGUUUGUGACAGUGUCAGCAUGUGGGUUGGGGACAAAAGCACAGCUACUGACAUCAAAGGCAAAGAGGUGACAGUGCUGGGAGAGGUGAACAUUAACAACAAUGUUUUCAAGCAGUACUUUUUCGAAACCAAAUGCAGGGACCCUAAGCCAGUCUCCAGUGGGUGCAGGGGAAUUGAUGCUAAGCACUGGAAUUCCUACUGCACCACCACGCACACCUUUGUCAAAGCACUGACAAUGGAAGGCAAGCAAGCAGCCUGGAGAUUUAUCCGAAUCGAUACCGCAUGUGUGUGCGUGCUCAGCCGGAAAACAGUGAGACCCUGAGAUGGAACAAACACUCAUGCCCACAUCCUCCCAUCCCCCCCCUACCUCAGCCUGUAAAUUAUUUUAAAUUAUAAGGACUGCAUGAUAUAUUUAUAGUUUAUACAGUAAAGAAAGA